CCGCAUGUGAGAAUCCGUUAGCUCCCAUGCUGAGCCACCAAGUUUCGAGUACGAGUAGAUCUCACGCUUCCUGAUUGUGGGGUGUGCGAUGCAAGAAAUCCUUAUCAGCGGUGCCGCCACCGAUACGAAAGCACAAGGACAGGGCUCGCGAGCGCCAAUUGUCACGCACAUAUUCGCGGUGUCGUUCGUAUCACCAGCAAACCGUGAGGGAAAGAACGGGAAGAAAUACGGUAACCCCAUGCUCGUACCGGUAUUCAAGGAACAGGGCGGAAUAAAUGGAGCUACGAUGGGCCAUGAGGGUUCCCGGGAAAAAAAGGCGCAAGAUUCUCACCUACCAGUAUCAUUACCGAGUGCACAACCUCUUUGCUCCUUUUCUCGCUUGCCCUCCAGCACAGUUCCAACCUCAAUUGGAGCAUCUCAUUCGCGAUGGAGAGGGCAGAUGCCACAGUCUCCCCAGGACUAGAGGGGAGGAUGCAAUUCAUUCUGGAGGGAGGGCUUUAGGUUAUGCGUAUGCGCAGCAUGUAUGAGAGGUCAUCGGCACUAUCGCCCCCUUGGACAUCCUGAGUACGUUAUUGCGCUGCGAUUUGGGGACUAGGUGGAGCCGGGCGGCUGUGGGGAGAGUGGGGUCGGAAAGCGAGUGAUAAUUUCUGAGGCAUGCCCACCACAGCCGGUAUGACAAAUCUGGAGGGCUCGCUUGCUUGUAUUCUGACGGUUAUCGUGAGACAGCAAACGGCCCCCUGGCUGGGGUGCUUCAGGAACGAUAGGAUACAUGACUGCAUGGCGUGCUGGAGGAGUGCUUAUUUCUUUGUUUGCACCUGAUCCCCUUGUUUUUUAUGCUUCUCCAGAGCUAAAUUUUCAAGCUCAGCACUAGAGGGCGCUUCCUGCUCUGGCGACUCUCAAGGCUCAAACAACCGCCCCCUUGCACUCUGGAGCUUAUCUGUCGCCAAGAUUCUGGAAAGCUUACAAUAAUUAGUUGUCCCUCACAGGAAAGGCUCUCCAGUGAUCUCACUGAGCUGAGUUCGAGCCGUGCUCUCAGGCCAUUGAACGCUGUGUAACGCGUUGUGUGUGAAUCAUCCUAGGGUGGGGGGUCCGCCCUUGGGUCAACGAUGCCCACCAACUUGGCGCACUGGUAGCCUCCGUUCUCUUUGGAAAUCCACAUCAUCAUACACAGCCGUCCCAGUCCUUCUAAAGAUAAGUUGCCCCUCAACCGUCGCCAAACUUUCCAAGCCCGAUAAAAAAUUCUGUCUCAAUGGUCGUCACUACACGCUCGAGAGCGAACGGCCCCAUCACGGAGCUGCUGGGCGUUUCCAGAGCUGGUGUUACGAAGCGGACUAAAUCAUCUUCAGCUGGUGGCAGGAAGCCGGUUUCAACUAGAAAGAAGUCGACACAGAUACCCGCCCCGGAGGUGGUGAAAGAGCGACCUGCAUCGCCACGCGGCACCAACGCACCAUUAAUCGCCUCUCAAGCAAACAGCACCGCCGUCCUACCGGUCAAAUCACAUGCACCCGCCACAACAAACACUAUCCUCGGCCAGGCAACCGCACAUCUGCUCUCCGUGGACUCGAGCCUAAAGCAUCUUAUCGAAUCCCAUAGCUGCGGGAUAUUCUCGGUAGAGGGUCUAGCGGAACUCAUCGACCCCUUCCAAAGCCUUGUGAGCGGCAUAAUCUCGCAACAGGUGUCGGGCGCUGCCGCUCGCACAAUCAAGGCCCGCUUCAUCGCCCUCUUCACCCCAACCCCUACGUGUCCGCAGCCCUUCUUCCCAAUGCCGGAAAUGGUCGUGGCGUGCCCGAACGAUAAGCUACGAUCCGCCGGGCUCUCCGGGAGAAAAGCCGAGUACGUGGUUUCUCUUGCGGAGCACUUCAUCGAUGGCACGCUCUCGCCGGAAGUCCUCUCUACAGCGCCCGAUGCGGAGGUUAUCGAGAAAUUGACGAAGGUCCGCGGUAUCGGGAAGUGGUCUGCUGAGAUGUUCCUGAUGUUUGGGCUGAAGCGCAUGGAUGUUUUUUCCACGGGGGACUUGGGCAUACAGAGGGGUAUGGCGGCACACUUUGGAAGGGACGUGGCGAAGUUGAAGUCGGGUGGGAAGGGGAAAUGGAAGUACAUGAGCGAGGAGGAUAUGCUCCGCUUGUCGGAGGGGUUUAGACCUUAUAGAAGUUUGUUCAUGUGGUAUAUGUGGAGAGCUAGCGAUGUUAGCGUUGAUGCAUUGACUGAGGACGGUGGGGCAGGCAAGGGGAAGGGGAAGGCUCAAGCAGGGCCUAAAGCGAAGAAGGCGUGAAGAUGUAUAAGCCUGGCGUGCUUCUUCGGGUAGAUCAGCUUGUGUAUUUUGUACCGGUAUCAGCUUCUGGGCUUUGGCGUUUUCUGCUGCGCUAUUUUUGCAUAAUUAUCUCGUAAAAUAGGUGCCAGUCAUAAUUUCCGGACUUGUAGUUUG